UGAUACGACACGAUUGAAAGAUAAGCCAUGUUUAAAUAUUGGCUUCUUUUCCAUAAUAUGGCCAAAGUAUAUGCUGUUUCAGUAAGAAUACCUUGUCAGUCAAUAGGAAACGAUGAAGCUUUGGAAAUCGUUGGGUCUUACUGUUAUUUUGUUUGAGUUUGCAAUAGCACAAUGUGUGAACCAACCACAACAGUGCAAUAUGAUGAACGAAGCUAUGAUAGAAGCACCUAGAAGUAUUUUACCCCAGCCUAUACCGCAAUAUUAUGGUUCUCAAGGUACAAUUGUGGAAAAUCCUUGCAGUAUCUGCAACUCCAUCAACAAAAUUCCAACUGGGAAUAUCUUCCCAUCACCUACAACUAUCAUAACAGAUUAUUCACCAGCAAUUUGUAAACAUUUAGCUGAUACGCUACAACUUAUGGUUGUUUGUAAUUUAUUACAAGGCAAUAGAGGUUCUUCAGAACUGGCUAUGAAACUUGCAUCGCCUAUUAUUAAGGAAGUAUUGACAUCUCCGACGUUUACACGCGCUGCUAUGAAUACAAUUAAUUCUAAUACGAUUCUUCCGAACAUAAUCAAACCACCAUUGAAUACUAAUUUUAUUCCUACGAUCACAAAUUCAUUGCCGCCAAUGCAAGCACAAAGUCCCUGUAAUAAAGACUUACUGCCAAAUAUUUUAAGUUUAUUACGUAAUUUAAAAUGAAUGUAUUUA